AUGCCCCAUUUUAUCCAACGUUAUACACUCUCUACUACUACUACUACUACUACCACUACCAAUACUACUACUACUACUACUACUACUACUACUACUACUACUACUACCAAUACUACUACUACUACCAAUACUACUACUACUACUACUACUACCAAUACUACUACUACCACUAAUACUACUACUACUACUACUACUACUACUACUACUACUACUACUACUACUACUACCAAUACUACUACUACUACUACUACUACUACCAAUACUACUACUACUACUAAUACCAAUACUACUACUACUACUACUACUAAUACUACUUCUAUCAAUAAUAAUAAUAAUGACAAUGAUGCAUAG